GUCACAGGAUCAAGUUCUCACUGAUUGGGAGAGCACGCCUUGGAAAAACAACAAAAAGUCAAAUAUUGAGUAUUUGAUGCUUCAACACACACAUUUUUUAAUGGUGUGAAAAAAGAACAGCUACAAAAUGUCUGACUCAAGUGAUGAAGAAGAUAGCAUUUCAAAAAUAGACUUCUCAGUCAUCUCCAUGGCGAUAGAGGCAGGCCAUAAAAUGGUACAACAAAUACUGAACUGUGUCCACUAUGGAACACCAGAGGUCCGAAAUCUUAUGUAUAACGAGUGUGAUUUCAUCGUAGAAUGUCGUGUGUGUCAUAAUCUCUUCCGAAGUAUUCCUAACUUUGUUGCUCACAAACGUAUAUAUUGCACUGCUGAGUUUGAACAGUCCGAGAUUCCCUCAAGUAGUCAAGAGGAAUCUGUAGUUGUUGUCCAGCCUAUGGACACCUCCUCUGGACAGACGUCUGGAUCUGUGUCUCCAGUUACAAAGACAUCAACAUCGUCAUCCAUAACAAAACCAUCAACAGCUAAAUCAACUCCAACAGGCUCUGUAAAUCACGCAAAAUCUGUUUUGUCAAGUGUUUUCUCAUCAUCUCAUUUGUCACAGUCAAGGAUAACCUCUGAGUCCACAUCUGGAGUAAAUGUCUCGGGGUCAGAGGUUGCAGGGAGGUCUACACGAGAACAGUGUCGUCAUAGAGGUCAAGGAAAUCGGGGUCAAGGUCAGGAAAAUCAGGUUCAAGGACAAGAUGGAAAGAAAGAUGAUGAGGACAGUAGUGAUGGAGACACUUCUACACUUAAACAACUUCUGACUGGAAAGUUCAAGGGAAAGUCAUCUGAAUAUAACUUCUAUUCAAAGACAGCAGAGAAAAUGGAAAGGGAAAGAAGAGCUAAAGAGGUUUCUCAUGUUGUUAUGACUCCAAUUCCAACCAAUAAAAAUGCAGCUUAUUUGACUGUUACACAGGGUGGCACAGCAAGUGAUGUCCAGAAUGCCAUUGUUUCUUCACAAAUUGACAGAGAAAGGGCCGUUGGUCUGCAGAACUCAUCCGAGAGUCUUUCAGAAUCUGUGAUAAAUCAGAACAGGGAAAAUACUGGAGACAAGAAUAAUGAUACUCAACAAAAAGGCUCUGUAAGAAGCAGUAAGAGGAAGAAUCCUGACGCUCCAAAGAUCGUCAAUGAAGGACCUAUUAGCAAAAGUCCUGAAAACACACUGCUAAGUAAACAGAAGCAAAUGGAACAGAAGAACAAGAAAUUUGUUCAGUUAAGACCGGUGAAGAGUCAGCUAGGAUCUCAUCAAUAUUCUGAGUUGUCAGAGCUUGGGUUGCUCGGCCAUUGUGAUCUAGCAAUGUGUAGGUGUCUACUAUGCUCCAUCAGCUAUUCUAGUCGUAAAGGAUUGCUACAACACAUGCAUUCCAUCCACUCCGGGAGGAAGAUACUCUUCCCAUGUUCUAUGUGUGAUAAAAGAUUCAGCUACUUCUGGGGAUUGACGAGACAUUUACAGAAUAACCACAAUCUUAGUAAGGAGAAGAUUGACAAAAUAAGAGACAAACUCAAGUCUAUGGCAUAUGAUAUUGCAGAUUUAGAAGAAUCAGGACAUAAAGAACAGGUAGAUCCUCGAGUAUCACCAGGAACCAGUUCAGAGGGGUUGAAACAAGGAAAAGCAUCUAUAAAGCAUACACCUGAUAUUGUACAGACAGGUUUCGUACCUAGAACUGUUGGCAGUAGUGAAACUUCAGGAUUAAAAUUAAACAAAUGUGAUGGAUGUAAGAGAGCAUUCUGGAAAAAGUCAAACUACGAUGAACACAUAAGUCAGUGUAAAUGGCUUAUAACUUCCACUGUCGACAAACCAUCAACAAAUUCAAGGUCAACUGGAAGGUCAAGGUUAGAAUUGAGUAGAGAUGUACCAGCACUACGAGGGGCAGAAAGUGUUCAAAAUAGACCAUCUACAAGGUCAAAGGUUAUGGAAAAGGACAUUGAUUUUGUGUCUUCAAAUGUAAUGGAUAACUUAGAAAGUAUUGAAAGAAGAGCAAGGUUAAGAACAAGAUCAAAGGUCAAUUUGGAUGAACAAACGAAACAGUGUGUACCACUAACAGAAACAAGUGCAACUGAUGGAAGGAUUGGUGAGAAACAAACAACUGCUGACGACCAUCAUACUACAGAAAAUGAUCACGACAGCUCUAGAGAUGGCUCAGAAUUUUCAAGGUCCUCUAGACACAAAGAGAAGUAUCAGGAUGAGAAAUCCCCAGUGUCUUCUCCGAGCAAGAGGUCAGACAGCAGUUCACCUAAUGCAUCCCCGAAACAGCAGAUAGUCACGAGGCAUUCAGCCAAAUCUCUAGAGAAAGAAACAUUGUACAUGAGAACCCGCUUUUUUGAUAAAAGACGUGAAUCUCAGAUUCGACCUGAUAGGUCCCCUCAAAGUAAAUCUGGGUCAGAAGCCAACAGCCCAACCCUUCAGAAAAAAGACAGCGUAAAAACAGCUUUGGAAUUUGAUGGUGUACAGGAUGGAAAGAUGAACAAACCUCGGGAUCGCUCUGGGAGUGGAUCAAGAGGGAGUGGAAAAACCACUCCAUCCACUUCACCUGGCAAGGAAAGACAAGUAUCUCCUUCGGUCGCCCAUGGUAACGAUCCUGGACAGAAAAGGUCAGUCCUGAAAGGCAAAACAGACAUUUCUGAUUCAAGCACUGAUGAUACAUGGACAAAGAAUGGAGAGUGUAGUAUGGAGAGAGCUGAUGGAAAAAGUGUAGAAGGAGGAAGAGAGAGGAGACAGAGCGGUGGAGAUGGUUUAAUGGAAACUGGUAGGUCUCGACCAAGUACCAGAUCUAUUCAGAGGACAGGGGAAUCGGUACAGGACAAAACACAAACAACAUCUUCAAGGAGACAAAAAUCUCCAACAGACAGCAGAGACAGUAGUACAGAAAGUCAUAGUUUGUCAAGGGUCAGUACGAGGUCAUCAUCAUCGUCAUCAUCUCAAGCUCCACCUGAUAGGAGUAGAUCAAGGGAUAUAGGAGAGUCAAAUCCAGCGGGAAAGGACAGACAAAAUUCUCCUGUGAGGAAAGAUGGUCAGAUUGUUAGAGACAGCAGCAAAGAAAAUAUAAGGAGUUCUUCAAGAACAAGAAAUAGGAACGCUUCCAAUGACGAUGCAAGUGGAGAUAACUCAAAGGAUAGGAUUUCUACUCGUGAACUUUCAAAGGAUAGGAUUUCUACUCGUGAACUCUCCAAGGAUAGGACUUCUACUCGUGAACUCUCAAAGGAUAGGACUUCUACUCGUGAACUCUCAAAGGAAUUGAUUUCUACUCCUGAACCGUCAAAGGAGAGGAUCUCUACUCGUGAACUCUCAAAGGAUAGGAUUUCUACUCGUGAACUUUCAAAGGAUAGGAUUUCUACUCGUGAACUUUCAAAGGAUAGGAUUUCUACUCGUGAACUCUCAAAGGAAUUGAUUUCUACUCCUGAACCGUCAAAGGAGAGGAUCUCUUCGAGAAUAAGUACUAGAAAUAUAUCUGCACCGAUGAGUGAUGAAACUGAAACAGAUCACAAUACUAGCGCGACGGAACCCGAAAAAGUGCCAUCAGAAAAUUUGGCAAAAGACAGCGGAGGAAUGAAAUCAGAACAACAUCAUCAAGGCGAAGUGAACCACCCAUCAGUCCGGAAAAGUAGUCGGGCAAGUGCGCGAAUGACAACUGAUCAGGAUCGUGAGGCGAUCGGUAGUGAACCAUUGAAACCUGUAUCUAAAGAUACUACAGACACUAUAGAAAAGGCUAAUGCUGGAGAUUCUUGUCAGAAGUAUAGCGGAAAUAAACCUGGAAUACGACAUAGAAAAACUUCAGGAAGUGAGGAUAGGAAAAGUUCAGGAAAACAUGAUCAGAAAACUGUAGGAAGUGAGGAUGGAAAUGUUCCUAGAGUUACUACAAGAAGGUCUGAUAAACUGGACUGCAAAAAUGACAAUUCAAUAGAGAAACAUGAUCUUCCUAACCAUCCAACAGCAUCAAAAGUUACAACUGAACAAUCCAGUGUUUCACAAAGUAGUGUAACUAGGAGAUCAUUGUCAAAUACUUCGGGAGAAAAAGAUAUAUCAGCAGGUUCAAGUACGAGAAGUUCUGGGAUCAAAGGGACAAACAAUGUAAGCUUAAAAGAAACAAGAUCAUCUCUGACAAAGAAAACAGAACCAAACAAAUUAGGUGGAAAAACACAGGAAGGAGAUCGGACGAAGGGAGAUAACUCCGAUCUAGACAAAAAUGAAGGAUCAGAGUUUCAAAUACGGAGUGCAAGAAUUCGUGAUAAAAUUACAACUGGGAAAGAAGAUGAAUCUAGAAAUUCUUCUCCAAAGAAAGUUGACGAGGUGGAUGGCGAAUCUUCAUUUCGUUCUACACGAUUAUCAAAUGCCAGUCGCAUGAAAGCACAGAAGAUGAAAGAUGAUGGCACUAGAAAUAAAGAGGAAGUCUCACAACGGACAGAAAUCCAAGUAGGAAAUAUGAUAAUCUCAUCUGUGCCCCCAGAAAAUCAGAGUUUUCUGGGACUCCGGGUCAGCCCCCACACACGCAGAAACACAACCAGAGCUUCUACACAAUUUACACCAAGAAUUCCAAAAGGAAUAGUAUCCAUGUCUGAUAGACAACCUUCAAAUACAGCAGAAACAAUUUCUGAUUCACAACCUGAAGAAUCCACAGGAUUAGGAAAGAGUUUUAUUUCCGACAGAGAUGAGAAAGAUUCUGAGUCGGAUAGAAGUUCUGUCUCGAGUACAGACGAAACAAAUUCUGAUUUUAUAUCGGCAAGUCCAGAGCCAGAGGUAAAGCUGGUGGAGGAGAUCUGGGUACAGAAAGAACCAGGUCUACCUUCUGAGGAAGUCCGCAGUAAUGCAUAUGCCAUGAUGACGUACAAGAGUAAUUCAACUCAGUCAUCUUCCAAAGGUCCUUCAGCCUCCACAUCAGGUCAUGCCACAAGGGCAUCUGAAAGGAUGAGGACGUCAAGAACUCAGAUGUAUGUCACAGAUCCAAAAAACGUAGGAACAUCACAGGAGUCUGUUCAGACAAGAUGUCUCGACUUGAGUCGGAUAGCAUACCUCAGCGAUGAGAAGGAAAUGAAAUGUUUGCAGUGUGGUUUAGGAUUUAGUGGUCUAUCAAAUCUACGUCGACAUGUGGUUCGCCACCUUGGAUGGCGACGUUAUAAAUGCAAACUCUGCAAGUUUUCCAGUUACAACAAGUCAGAAUGCAACACCCAUCUGAUACGUUCACAUGGUACGAAGGCAAGAAAUUGCACAGCAAAUGCACUUAUUAUUGACUUGAAUAAAGAGGCCUCAAAAGUUCGAAGUCAGAAAAAGAUUAACACUAUCAGAUCUAAGACGACAGGUCCAUCACUGAGAUCUAGAAGUCAAAGAAAGACAUCAGUUUCUGGAAGUAAGGGAACAGAGGCACUGACGACAGACACGGAGCACUCAAAGGUGUUUAAUCCGCAAGGAAAAACAAGGAGAGGAGAUGCCACAAAGGAGUCAUCUACUGCCGUCACAACUCGUACUUCUGACCAGUCGUUAUCAACGGCAAUUGCUACAAGAUCUAGAAAAGCACGGAAAGAUGAUAUUGAGGAUAGUUCGUUAACAAAUAAGGCAGAGGCUGCAGACUGCCAGUUGGACAUAGAAGCUGCUGCCAACUUACAGAUGAAGACAGAAGAGUUGAGAAGAACAAGAAAGCGGAAAAGGAGUAACAGUCUGGAUACAAACCCUUCAGAGAUAGAUACCAGCAAAGGGCAGACAACUGAUACCAAAAAGUCACGUAAACGGAACAGGAGUAAUAGUUUUGAAGGAUGUAGCAAUGAGGAGGAUGCAUCAAAUAAAUCGGAGUCUUUAGUUGUUCCAAUUAAAAAAAAAUAUGAAAUGAAGCGUUCAACAAGUUUGGAUGGAACAUGCUCCAAUCUCCCGGAGGAGGUCGGAGAAACUCUUUCUGACUUAUGGGAUAUUCCAAGUGUGUCAGAUUUUGAGAAUUCAGACACCGAGAUGGUUUGUUCUCCUCCAAAUGCAAAAGUUGUUCCAAAUUUAGAGACAAUGAUGGCUGCACUUGAAGAAGCAAGGGCUUUCAAAUUUGUGCGACAAAGAGGAAAAGGUAGGCGGUCCUUGCCAUUGGUCAAAAAGACUCAGCGAUCAGGGAGUUUAGGAUCUCAAACUGACGGCCAGGUGGAAGUCUCUGCCCAUGUUACUAGCACUUCAUCCUUAGAGGGAACAAAGACACAAACACGAGUACUAGAAAUAUCUGGUAAUUCAUCAGCAUCAUUAGGCAGUGAAGGAGACAAAAAACGUGAAUCAGAAACUGUUGCUGGUACUACAGCAAAAGAACAAACUGAUGAGGAGGCUUGUUUGGUAAAGGAAAAUGAUGAGAUUUCAUCAGGUAUAAAAGAUAAUGACAGGAAUUUGUCAGGUGAACAGGAUAUUUCAUCAGUUGCUGAGGACACCUCAUCCAACAUAAAGCACACUUCAUCUUGUGCUAGCAAAACUUCAUCUGGUGUUAAAGAAACUUCAUCAGAUGUUGAGAAAUCUUCAUCUGUUGUUAUGGAAACUUCAUCUGUUGUUAUGGAGACUUUAUCCAUUGUUAAAGAAACUUCAUCAGGUGUUAAGGACACUUCAUCUGUUGUUAAAGAAUCUUCAUCAGGUGUUAAGGACACUUCAUCUGUUGUUAUGGAAACGUCAUCUCUUGUUAUGGAGACUUCAUCGCAUGUAAAGGACACUCCAUCUAUUGUUAGAGAAACUUCAUCGAUUGUAGAAGUCAGUUCAUCUUAUCUAAAGGAUGGAUCAUCUAGUGUAAAAGAAAAUUCUGAAAAUGUAGAUGGUAGUCCAUCUGCUGUAAAGGAGAGUUCUUCAAAUGUAGAAGAUACUUCGACAUCGGAUUUACCCGACAAUUCCUUGUGUUCAAAGGAUGGUUCAGCAGAAAUUAACAUCAGUGUUUCUAAUACAGUUGAAAUUUCCUCAUAUCCAAAAAAUGAGGAACAUUCCACAUUUGGAGCAAAAACAAGUGAUAUGGACAAAGGAAAAUCUUCAGUUAUAAAGGAAGACAGUAAUACAGAAACAAUUGAAGAGAAUUCUACAGUCUCACAGGAGCCACUGAAGGUGAGGCAGGAAUGUAACAGUGUUUGUAAGGCCAAGGGAGACAACCCAACAGGACCAGAUGUUUCUAAAGGUGAAGCAGACCAUGAAGAUGCUGGUGUAGAAAAGUAAACAUUAUCUGACAGAGUUAGAGAAGUUAUAAUGUAGUUAUACAACUGAAAGCUUACAUUUUUUGCUAUCAUCACUGUUUCCCAUUAUUUAAAGCUGCUUUCAUUGAUAUAUAAUCCAUGAUAUAUUGGAUCAUUAAAUAAUUUGAAUAUUCUUUUUUUCAAAUAUUAAUGUACGUGCGCUGAGCACAUCAUUGUAGAAUAUUAAAUAUAUAUAAAUCUUAUAACAACUUUAAGUUCAUAGAUCUGCUAUUAAUUUCAUUUCUGGAGAUGCUUUUAUUUAUUUUUACCCAAAAAAUGGUUUCUUUGGAUGUAUAUUUUUGUAAAAACAGCGAAGUUGUUAAAAAAAAAUUCAAUGGUAGUGCAGUGCAUAUACACAUCAGGUUAGACAGGAUGUUUUACUUAUGGAACCUGUCUUAACCGACACCUAUACACAUCAGGUUAGACAGGAUGUCUUACUUAUAGAACCUGUCUUAACCGACACCUAUACACAUCAGGUUAGACAGGAUGUCUUACUUAUAGAACCUGUCUUAACCGACACAUAUACACAUCAGGUUAGACAGGAUGUCAGACUUACUCAGAUAUCAUAUGAAGCACGAUUCAGUGUUAUGUAUGAAGAACGUCAAUACUUUGAUUACUUUUUAAUUUUUGUGUCAGUGUUACAAGGUCCAGCUUGGCUAACCCUUAACUUAUAUAUAUAAUUAACCCACAGUGUUUUAACUCUACACUAUAAAUAUACUAUAUCUCAAACAUAAAGUAUUAAUGACAGAUUGACAACAGACUAUUGUACACAUCAUACAAUACCAAUGCUUUUCCCAACCUCCAAAAGUUCAAGCUUCUCACUUUAAAUUUAUUAGAGUUUAUUUAUUGACAUCCCAAAGAAAUCUGUUGUGCCUAGCUCUAUAUUUUGUUUGUAACUUCCUGUUUGAUAAACAGUCAUUUUAAAGAUUCUGUUAUCAAUUUGGUAAAUCUGUUGGUGAUUAGAUAUAUUUCUAUACUAUGGGUUCCAUUUUACGUAUAUUCAAUCUGUGUGAAGCAGUAUGACAAGGACUUGGUACAAAGCCCUAACUCGUGAUCUAUAUAGACAAUUAGUCAUAAAGUAAUAACGACCGUAUACAGACAAGUAAAUUGUUAAAUUUUCAAGGGAAUUCACCCCUUUAUCAAGACACAGUGUCAAGUGAAUUACAAACGAUCCCAUAGAACAGUGACUGUAAAUAUAAAUGUAGAACUUGUAGAUAAACUUUACGGACAUGGUACAGUACCGUUAGACUAUUGUUUGUGUUGAUGAUCCCUUUGUCUCUAACUAGGCCUACAGUUAUUAUUAGAAAUCAUCUUGAUAGGUAAUAAGUCUGUCUCCUAACAAUAGCCUGUGGUUAGGGGAUUUGUACUAUGAGCAGUAGAUAUCUUUAAUUAUUGGUCUUGAUGAAUUUCCAUAAAAAUCCAUGUCUGCUCUGACAUAUUCACUUCAGUUCAAUACAAUGUUAACAAAUCCUAUUUAAUUGUGCUGUGUUAGUCUCACCCCUUCGAGUCGGAGAUUAUAUCCCUAUGGAGUAUUCAUGUUAUGUGUUGGUGUCUAUUCAUUCUGAUCUUACAGAGUUACUUCCCUUUUCCCUGUCGGAUGGUAUUUUAUACAGUGUAUAUGGAUGCCAGGGCCAAGAAUAAUGUCUGUACAACAAUAAGCUUGUCCUUAUUAAUAAGUCUGUCCAUAUUUGUUUGCAGUAAUUAGGAAUAUGAUUAAUUAGAAAUGUAUCCUCAUUUUACAAAAUGUAAUUAUUUUUUCUAUGGAAAAGUGAAAGUUAAUUUCAUUGAAUGAAAUUAAUACAUGUAUUUAUUUGUAUUUAUCCAACAAGAAGCCUUCAUUUAGCUCUGUCUGUCCAUAUUUGUUGCUGUUUGGUAUAAAUUUUCCAAGAAAUUUCCAUAUACUAUCUGACCUUGAACCUAAGAUAUUAUAAAUUAUGUCCUCUUGGCUUAAUUGGAAUAAAUACAGAAAGGUUUUCUCACUGACAAUACACUAAAGGAAGCCGCUGUCUCAGAUUAGAUGGAAACAUGUUUAUUUAAGCCUUAAACUGACAUCUUUGGAAAGUUAUUUUCCUAUAAUUCUCAGUGGAUCACAGACAAAUUGAAAAACGGCCGUAAGCACAUCAUGGCUAGUUUGUCUGUAAACUUGUGAGAUUUAUAGAACAAUAACUGUUCAAAGAUGGCAGUUCAAUUCUUAUGUCCCUGUUUUUCUUCUGACUUUUUCUUAUAUUCAACCUAUAAACAAUGCUAUCGCAUUCCAAAGUCCAAUUUUGCGCUGUCAAUGGAAUCCAUUCUAAAUGUGACAUCUCUAGUACAAGCGACCUUGCCCGGCAAAAAACAUAAUUUGUUGUAAUAAUUACAAAAUUAUCAAUUUAAUUUCAUCAUUGUAAUCAAUAUAUUACACCAUGAGGAUAUUCACCUUUUAUACAACAGAGUCCUAUUUUGAAAUAUUUCUGGAUUAAAUGACUGGAAUUCGGGAAUACUGGACUAAUAUCCAACUUCAAGUACAUUUUUUAAAAUAAGCCUGCAUGUCCGGUUCCUCUAGGUACAAUUGCUAACAAAAUUAUUUCAUAUUUUUCCUAACCCGACCACCACCUUAUCAAAGUUGAUAGGUUUUCAAGCACCUGUGCUUAUUGAAGGGUUAACUUAAAUAUAUUUUUAUUUGAUGGACUGAAAACAUCAAUUUCUAAGCCAAUAAAAUGCUUGUUACAAACAAGAUUAAAUUAUUAUUGGAUAGAUAACUAGGGCCUGAUGGGUAAUUUUAUACUUAUUUAAAGCACCAAAUGUGUCAUUUGUCACCUGUGUAACAGAUUUUCUAGUCAUGUUUACAUCAUGCCAUAUAUUAAUUUAUUUUCUAGUUUAGAAGAAUAUACCCAGUAAUCGAUUAGUCUAGACAGAUAUACUAAAAAUACAUGCACUUCUUUGUCUUCAUCUGAUGAAAAAAUAGUUUAUUAUUUGACAUAUAUGUUAAAAGGCAUUCAUAUUUUACACAGAACUUUGUUUUUUUAUUGGAUACAUAUUCAUCAAUUUCUUGUUCAGUUUUCACAAUAGUAAGGAAGGAAAAAAAUAAUUGCUCAUGAUAAUGGAAGGGAAAGGAGAUUGACAAAUAUUUUUUUUUAUUAUUUCAUUCUCAGAAUAGGAUUAAUGAUACUAAAACAUCAUAUUUUGAUAGAAUUUGAAUAAAACUUGUUUCACUAAAAUUUCACAUCAUUCAUAGAUUUUUGAAAUUAUGUUCACAUUAAUCUUUAAAAAUCUUUAUUUUUCCAGAAAUAUUUUUUUCCCAAUAUAGGAGACUAUAAUACAUGUACAGAGUCGCCAUCGAACUGAGAGUCUCGACCGCUGUACCUCUACAUUAGAAGGAGGCUCUAAGCUUCCUGUCUUUAGCAUUGUCAGUGGUUGUAUAUAUUACUAGAUAUAUGAUGUUACAGAGGAUUUGCCAGCUGUUUUUGUGUUACUCAAUUUUGUUUAUCUGACAUGAAUAUGCCAUAAUAUGUAUGAUGAUUAUCGUGUUGAUUUGGCAGUAGGCCCAUGUCUGGUAAUAUGUCCAUGUCUGGUAAUAUGUCCAUGUCUGGUAAUAUGUCCAUGUCUGGUAAUAUGCCCAUGUCUGGUAAUAUGUCCAUGUCUGGUAAUAUGUCCAUGUCUGGUAAUAUGCCCACUGUUGUAAUUAAUAUCAAUGGUCAGGUGACACAGUCAUAAUAUACUUGCCUUUCACCUAGGCGGCCUGGUCGGAUUCCCCGAUCGGACGUGAAAAGUUAUGGGGUCACCUGUCUGACUACAUAGAUUUUCUUAAGCGUACUCUGGUUUCCUCCCACACUAAGACCUCUCGCGCCCUAUCUUCCGGCCAGGAGGGUGAUUGAUAUAUUAGUUGAUUUAAGUUGUUUCUUAAUUGGUGUAGAAUAAAUAAAGUUCAAAUUUUAAAAUGUCCUUUACAUGCUAUAACCUGAAUAAUUUGGGUGAAGUAUCUUGCCUGGUAACAACCAAAACAGUACAGGAUGAUUCUCGUUAGAUCUCAGCAAGGGUAUGGAAAUAUUAGACCACAUAUCUCAGUCCUACUAGCAUAGUAUUCUAAAUUUACUUGGGUUCAUAAUUCUACAAGCUGAUUUGGUAGCAAAAUGAAUGUUAAGUUUUUUCGUGUUUUUUUUCCCCCUUUUUGACACACCUCAAUUUGAUUUACCUGCAAUGUUGAAUAUCCAAUGCUGUCUGUCCGUCCAUCCAGGCAAGUUUCUUCGAAGGUCCACCUGUUUAUAGUCACAAAUAGUGCUCCAGUAUUGAUACGUAGUGUAUUACAAUGUGUACCUAUACUGUUGUUUUGAUGUUCUUUAACUAAUGGGAUCUAUGCUAUAAACACUGUGCUAUUUAUACUGAAAAACAGAUUAAUUUGUCCCGAAUAUAGUGCUGAAACAUCACAGGUAGUGUUGUACAUGACUGUGAAGUUCCAAUAGACGGAGGCUAAUACAUAGGCUAUACUAUACCACUUGAUGACCAAUUAAUUCCCUUUGUGCUUAGACCUUUACAGUGAAAUUUUCUGAAAUGAAAUGAAGCUCAAAUAUCAGGUUAUUGGUCACACAUCAAGGUCAUUGUUACUAAAGACAGAUUGAUUAAAAGUGAUCAAGGUCAUUAUUGUUUAAAGUCAAGGUCAUUGUUACUGAAGACAGAUUGGUUAAAAGUCAAGGUCAUUAUUGUUUAAAGUGAAGGUCAUUGUUACUGAAGACAGAUUGGUUAAAAGUCAAGGUCAUUAUUGUUUAAAAUCAAGGUCAUUGUUACUGAAGACAGAUUGGUUAAAGUCAAGGUCAUUAUUGUUUAAAAUCAAGGUCAUUGUUACUGAAGACAGAUUGGUUAAAAGUCAAGGUCACUGUUACUAAAGAUAGAAUUGAGCUAUAUCACCACUUACCAACACAAAGAAGCAUAUUGGCAAACAUUUUUUUUAUUUUUUUUUAUCAUUCCAUCAUUCUUACUGAUGUAGAUGAAUAAUCAGGUUAUUUCUCCACAUUUCCUACAAAUUUCACCAUAGUGUCACUGCAGAUAUAAAUUCCUUAUGGUGGAAGAAAUAUACAGACAGUUGAGGGCUAUUGCAUGGCCAUAUUGGACCGGUGAUAGAUAGCUGUGAUCAUGUCAGCAGUUACAUGGCCAACCAAUAGUAUCCAUCACUAAUCUUCUAGGUAUGGAUUAGAAAGGUAUACAUGGAAAGCAUCAUUUAGAGUGAAAGAGAAAUAGAUUAAUUCAAGUCUGUGUAAUAGCCCUAUGAGUACUUAAGACAGUCAUCGUGUUGUAUAGAGAGGGUUUAUUACCAAGCAUGUAUGGCUUAGUGCCAGUAUUUUUAUGUUACUUGUUAACUUUUUUUUCUCGACAAGAUGUACGUGUGAUGAAUUGUUUUCAAUUUAAAACUAAGAGAUAAGCUUUUCUUUGUGGAAUUAUUUUCGUAUUUUGUUAUUAUUGCAGAAAUAAUAAAAAAAAAUCUUAAGAUUCA